UCUCAUAGCACCCCUGCCUAGAAGCUUUAACACGCAGCACCUUGUGGCUGGUAUCCUUAAAAGAAGAGAAAUGAAUUUCUACGCAUCGAUGUUCCUACAGCAACGCCUGGAGUACUUGAUUCGCGAGUCGCAUAGAACAUGCGAUGAUCAGAUAAUAGACUUAGUAUACUCCUGGAUAACUUUUAAUGGGGCUUAAUUUACCCCUCAUCAGUCGCAGAGUAAAACGUUCGAGACAAAAGCAGGGCUACGCAUGACAGCGUCGGUGGCUUUUGUCAGUUUCAAAGUUAGGGUCUUCGCUCGGGCCGAAAUCUGCUAUUGGGACACUAAAGCAUUGCGCUGCGCUAAAAGAGAAGAAUAGCCCACGUCUUCAAUGUUUUUCAGUCUUCAUCAUCUCUUCGAGUAACCUACUAUUGCAGACGUCUAAACAAAUGCGGUUUGCAGACUGCGGCGGAAGUAGUCCAUCAUCAUGACCAGUCUUACAAAUUUGACAUAUCCUCUCGCCAGUGCUGAUAACGAUACUUUCAAAUUAAUAGCACAGAAUGUGAUGUGCGCAUAUCCCAUCUCGGACAUUUAUGCGCCCACACCACGAUUCCUUUACUAUGUUCUUCUACUCCUGACCUUUGCGACUCUGCGUCAUCGAUGGGUAUCCCACAUGUUUCUCGGGGCAGCAGUUGCCUAUGCCGCGAGCGCUGCGGUCCACGCACUCAUCAUCACCGCUAGAUCCCCGACAGUGCAGAAUCGAGCUGUCGUAUCAAUCCCGUUCAUCCCAUCUAAUUCGACGCUCACUGGUAAUAUCAGCGCCCUCGAACUGGAUACAUCGACCCUCGUGAUACAGCCUGAUGCCGUCGAACUGGACAUCGACCCUAUAAUGGCUAUAGUUGGCACGGCAUAUUUGGUUGGGCUACCGCUCCAGCUAUGGUCCCGCACGAUAACCUCGAGCAAUAUCACGCGUUUCCUACUCAUUUUCUGGAACCUAUGCAUGCUCGCCGCAACAAUCUGUGCACUCAUCUCUUGGCCCACUACCAAUCUGGCUGCGCCGCAGUACCGGUUCUGCUAUGCUGGAUUUCGGGAUCUGCUGUCGCAGAACAGCGAUGGCUGGGAUACGUCGUAUUGGCGCGGUACGUGGAACGAAACGAUAUACCGUAUCUACGACAUUUCGGAUAAUACCGUGUGGAAUGGAAUGUCGAACAGUUGCUUUUACCCGUGCUUCAACACUAGCCAGACAAUCCGGCAAAGCACCUCGUUGAAAGCCGUGGUAGCAGACGGAACGACGACUUUCGCCAAACUGCAUGCGCCAGGUCGAGGCGACAAUGACGGGUUCAGAUACAGGAUAUACUUCGCUCUUGUGGUUUUCACAAUUGCGCAAUUUUCUAUGUUGAUCGUUUCAAGCUUGCGGUUGUGCAGUGAUACGAUGAGAGAGUCUAUUCACAACCCUCGUAUGUUAUGGAAGUGCAGGGGGAGAAUCCGCAAUCAGCUAAGGAGAGAUGCACACGAUGGACGAGUGGCUCUCCGAGCCCUGAUGAAGCAGCGGUCUGCAACCACAGAAAACAUUUCCCUUGACGGACCACGCACGGAACCAAAACCCGAAGAACAGCCAGAUCAAGCAGCAUCAUUUCGCGAUCUUCUUGUUUUCCCUCGCAUGUUAAUUGACAUACUCACUCUGCUCAAUCUUAUCGCGGGAUUCUGCCUCUUCGGUCCACUAGUCUUGGUCUUUGUGGUCUGGAUCGAAUGGUACAUUCGCAACGAUGGAUCCACGAAUGAGACCAUCAAGCAGGUAGGGCAAUGGUCGCCGCUUGUCUCGGUUACCGUCAUUCUAUUCGCUACUGUAAUCUUCCAUCUUCUCAAAGAUCGUUUGUCGUCGGCUGAAGAAGUGAGGAUGGAGAUGGACGCAACAGAAGCCCGUCUUCGGAGGCUGAAGAUCCGUUAUGAACAUUUAUGUGAAACAUGACUUUCAUAGCUACCCUAUCCCGCAUAGUUCAAAUGUGAUUUGGAUGCCAAUUCAAAUUGCCAGUCGCGACUACAACUAAAAUCACACAUGGCAUGGUAUUCACAUGGUGAAUGUAGAAAGCUCGCUGCAGGUGGAAUAAUGUGUGUAUGUCCCCCAUCAGCUCGCUUCCUAGGUCUCAUCAGAUGAAUCGAUCUAGAUGACCAUUAAAUCAUGGAUGCUCUAGUUCGCAUGGGGAGUUCGCGCGACUUAAAUUCUCUAGCGUCUCCACAACCCAGGUCCGCAUUGCGCCUAGUGCAAGCGCUUGUGUCAACAGCACCUAAAACUCAUCGGCGCCCGCGGAAACCGUUGGGGAAAUUGCUUCCGGAUUGAACGCCGAGUUCCAAUAUUUGAUUGUGAAUCGCCGUCAUUGCGCAGGAUGAGAGAAUCAAGAUGUUGUCAGUCGGCCAGGCAAUCAAACUACGACAAUCUUCCGAGUCAUCUCCAUUGACAUCAGGUUCUAGCGACAGAGCUACAGUGCUGUGGUCAUUACACGUUCCUUCAAUUCUGGUAGAUUUCCGCCGACCGAGAAGGAUAUAAUCACGUGAUUCACGAGAUGCCU